AUGGCUGAUUGGUCGAAGCUUCCAUAUGACCUUGUUGUAUCAAUUGCGAAUCAAUUGUUUGAUGUUGUGGAUUUUCUUUCGUUUUCUGCUGUUUGUCGUUGUUGGCGACUGGUUUAUCUCAAGAAACAUUGGAUCUCAAGUCAUCAUAUUCCUUGGCUCAUGCUUCGUGAGUUCACUGAAGGUGACGUCUCCGUAAGACAAUUCUUAAGUUUGACCCGAUUUAAGAUCUACAAAUUUCCUCUACCGGAAGCUAAUGGUUGCCGUUGCUGGGGAACCUCUCAUGGGUGGGUUGUGACUCUCAGUCAAAGUUUUGCAAUUCGUCUCGUGAACCCCCUCACUCGAGCUUGCCUCGAUCUUCCUCACCAUUCCAUGUUGAGGAGCCAAGGUCAUAUUGAAGUUGAUUGGUUUGCAGCCAUACAAAAUGCCUUUGUCCUGAAAGUUCGAGAUGAGUUUGUGACAAUGGUUAUAUAUAGCCAUAAUCGCUGUUUGUCUUUUGCUAAAUAUGGAGAUGGCACAUGGACUGUUGUGCCGUUCUCCAUUCCAGUUUACCUCAUAAAUAUUGUGUGUUUUAAAGAUAAAAUUUUGGCACUUACGAUGGUUGGAACACUAAUCCUAGUAGAAAUUGAGGGGCCUGAUUGUCCAAGAGCACGCUGCAUUGCUUCGCCACCGGCAGAUGAGAGGGGUUGGGAGAACAUGUAUUUGGUAGAAUCAUCUGAAAAUCUUCUGCUCGUAUUGCGUUAUAAUCAUCACUGUACGCACCAGUUUAAAGUUUACAAGUUUGAUAUAUUCAAAAGGAAGUGGAUGGCAGCAGUGGACUUGGAGAAUAAUGUAUUAUUGGUUGAUGAUUAUGGUUGUACUUCAGUUUCUGCUUGUGGCUCUAUCAAACCUAAUUGCAUCUACUCUGCACAAGAUAACUUGGGAUUUUCGUUGGUACCUCAGCUAGAUCAGAAAAUAAUUGUGCGCAACAUCAAGGAUAACAGCACUGAUGUUCAUGGAAUCUUUCAUGGACCCAAUGCUUCUACUUCUUAUGACUGUCCAGUGUGGACAACGCUUGCCUUGUGGUAG